AGCAUAUAAAAGAAAUAAGCUCAGACCAAGCGAACGGAUUCAGUGUAGAUAUAACUCCAAAUAAUAUGAUUCGUUUAAGUCUUCUCUUUGUGCUUCUCGGCGCCGCAGCCGUCUUCGGAGGCACUCUUUCGCCGGAGUUCCUUGAGUGGGAAGGCCGUAUUGUCGGUGGUUCAAAUGCUGCUUCCGGACAAUUCCCGUACCAGGUUUCUCUGCGCUCAUCGGCCAAUGCUCACUUCUGUGGUGCUUCGAUCAUCAACAACCGUUGGGUUCUGUCGGCCGCUCACUGCACUGUUGGACGUACCCUGGCCAAUACCCGAGUCGUUGUAGGAACUCAUUUGCUGAACAGUGGUGGCUUCUCCCACGCCUCGUCCAGAAUCGUCAACCACGGAUCGUACAAUUCCAACACCUUGGCCAACGAUGUUUCGCUGGUGCAGACUGCUUCAGUCAUCGGCUUCAACACUCUUGCUCAGCCAAUUGGUCUGGGAUCUGUCAACAUUGCCACUGCAACCGGAGCCCUGGCUUCCGGAUGGGGUCGACUUGGGGCCAAUGCCGGUAUCCCGAAUAACCUGCAGUGGCUGAGAACCAACAUCAUUACCCUGGCAGAUUGCCGUAAUCGUCACUCGGUUGCCAACAGGGCCAGUGUCUUCGAUAACACCAUCUGUACGCUGAGUCCAACUGGCCAGGGCAUGUGCAUGGGAGAUUCCGGUGGUCCAUUGGUGCACAGUAACCUCCAGCAGGGAAUCGUCUCGUGGGGCAUUCCAUGCGGCUUGGGAGCUCCUGAUGUGUUUGCUCGCGUAUCUUCGCACCGCAACUGGAUUCUGAACAACGCCAACUAACGAUCUGGAAGCAAUGACUACCCAUUGAAUAUAAACCGAUAUUUUAAUGCUAA